CUUCUUAUUCCUGACUCUCUCCCUCACUCUCACUCUCUCCCUCACUGAUCUCUCCCUCCCUCAGUCUCACUCUCUCCCUCACUGAUCUCUCCCUCCCUCUCUCAAAUGGGGUCACCUCCUCCACUCCAAGAGCAUAUUCCUAUCUCGGCGUUUUUGAUAGCAAUUGGCGUGCUUACAGCCUUUUUUAUUAUUUUGGUUAUUUUUGCUCGACUUUUUAGGCUUCGUCAACGACAAGCCGUUGCUCGGAUAAUCCGAGAGAGAGUCAGUGAGUCAACAUUUGACUCAUCUGCCUCUCCACACGCACAAAUUCAAUGUGCGAUUUGUGUCUACGAGUUUAAAACCGGAGACACACUUCAUAGUUUGCCAUGCGGACAUGCACUUCAUAAGCAAUGCAUGUUCGAUUUUAUUUUAAAAUCUGCUCAUGUUUGCCCAAAUUGUAGGGCAACAUUUUGAGAUACUAUUUGUAUUUGAAUGCUUGGU